AUGGCAGACACAGUAAGUCGUUUAGAGUACUAUCGCCGUACAUUCCAAAAGUACGCUUCCGUUGACAAGGAGGGAGAGAAAUACAUGACCAAGGAUGAUUUCUUGUCUGCUAUUGCACCUGGGGAGGACUUCAAGAAGAUUCAACGUGAACAAUUCGAACUGUUGUAUAAAUUGGCUGAUAAAAACAACAAGGGUGUUGUCUCGUUUGAUGAUUUCGUUAUAUUUGAAGAUUUAUUGUCAAAGGCUGAUGCUGAAUACGAGGUCGCUUUCCGUGUGUUUGACGUGAAUGGUACUGGUAAGGUUACUUUUGAUCAGUUCAAGAGUGUUCUCUCGAGCAACAUGCCUCAAGAUGCUGUUCCCUUUGAUUUUGAUUGCGAUUGGCUCAAGCUGUACAUUGGGUCCAAGGAAGGUCACCAUGAACUCAGCUAUCAAGAGUUUACACAACUGAUCAAGGGUUUGCAAGGCGAGCGUCUGCGUCAAGAGUUCAAGCACUAUGACAAGGAGCAAUCUGGCUUUAUUCAACCCGAGGAUUUCAAAAAGAUCAUUUUGGAUGUAGCAAAACACAAGUUAUCAGAUGAUGUGAUUGAUCAUUUGCCUACACUCUGCAACCUCUACAGUGGCAACAAAAUCAGCUUCUCCUCUGUUGUCGCCUUCCAUAAUGUCAUUCGCAACAUUGACAUGGUCGAGUCUGUUAUUCGCAAAGCUAUCGAGAACAACGCCAACCAAAAGAUCACCAAAUCUGACUUUUUGAAACACGCUCAUGAGGCCAGCCGAUAUACCGCAUUUACGCCUAUGGAAGUUGAUGUUAUUUUCCACUUUGCUGGUGUUGAUGACGAUUCUGGUGUGCUUGGGUUAGAUGAUUUUGCUCGUAUUUUGGAUCCUCGUUGGACUGUAUCACAAAAGGACUUGGCCAAGACAGAAGACCUCCACGUCGAUCACCCUCAGCAACCACACAGAGGCGCUCUCUGGCAACUCGUUGAAAGCAUGUACUCCUUUACCCUCGGUUCCAUUGCUGGUGCUGUUGGUGCCACUGCCGUAUACCCCAUCGAUUUGGUUAAGACUCGUAUGCAAAACCAGAGAUCCAAGGUUGUGGGUGAACUCUUGUACAAAAACAGUUUAGAUUGCUUCAAAAAAGUCUUAAAGAAUGAGGGUUUUACUGGCUUAUACAGAGGUCUUGGUCCUCAGCUUGUGGGUGUCGCUCCUGAGAAAGCUAUCAAAUUGACAGUAAAUGAUUUCGUUCGUAGUAAGUUUACUAGCAAGCAAAAUGGAGAAAUCAAGUUUUGGCAAGAGAUGAUCGGUGGUGGUGCCGCUGGUGCUUCCCAGGUUGUUUUUACCAACCCCCUUGAAAUCGUCAAGAUUCGUCUUCAAAUCCAAGGUGAACAAGCCAAGAAUCUAGCCGCUGAUGCUGCUCCUCGUAGAUCUGCCAUUUGGAUUGUGAAGCAUUUGGGUAUCGUUGGUUUGUAUAAGGGUGUUGCUGCAUGUCUGUUGAGAGAUGUUCCUUUCUCUGCCAUCUAUUUCCCUGCCUAUGCACAUUUGAAGAAGGAUCUUUUCAAGGAAGGACCUGAUCAUAAGCUUGCCAUUUCUGAGCUUUUGAUGGCUGGUGCUAUUGCUGGUAUGCCAGCUGCUUAUUUCACAACACCUGCUGAUGUGAUCAAGACUCGUUUACAAGUCGAGGCUCGUAAGGGUCAAACUACAUAUACCGGUAUUGCUGAUGCUGCUAGAAAGAUUUUUGCAGAAGAAGGUUUCAAGGCCUUUUUCAAGGGCGGUCCUGCUCGUAUCCUUCGUUCUUCACCUCAAUUUGGUGUUACUUUGACUGUAUAUGAACUCUUGCACCAAAUGAUCCCUCUCCCUGGCCAUGGUACUGCUGCAAACACUACUUCAACUACAACUACAACCGCUGCCGACCCAACACGAAUUAUCGAACAAAGAGCCACUCUUCGCUCCACUAAUGCACUUAAAAUGUUGUUGGAUCUCGAUUAUAGAUUUGGUGUUUAUCAACCAACAAAAAAGGACACAUAA